GCCCAAUCCCUCUUCCGAAUAAAGAAAAAAAAAUGAGUCUCAGAAACAUUUCUUUCACUCUCCUGGUUUCCCUUUUGGCAAUUAUGGCAUCAGCUGUUUUUAUCAGUCCAAACCUUUCUCUUUUGCACCAACUCAUUGAACUUGGUUUGGCCACUUUUUCAUCGCCUAUUAUUGCAACUUUCAUUCCAUAUAGCAUUGGAGGUCGCCGUCAUCACCACCACCAUAAUAAACACCCUAGUGAUGGAAAAAUAGUCAACAUUUGUGAAGAUUUCCCUCCUGACUUCCCCCCUCCAGACACCAACACAACCUCAACCAUUUGUGUCGAUCGAAACGGAUGCUGUAAUUUCACGACAGUUCAAUCAGCUGUUGAUUCGGUCAUGAAUUUUAGUCAGAAAAGAACCAUAAUUUGGAUCAAUUCUGGCAUUUACUAUGAGAAAGUCACCGUUCUAAAGUACAAACAGAACAUUACAUUCCAAGGACAGGGCUAUACAUCAACUGCAAUUGUAUGGAAUGACACUGCAAAAUCUUCUAAUGGGACAUUUUAUAGCGGUUCUGUUCAAGUUUUCUCGAACAACUUCAUUGCUAAGAACAUAAGUUUCAUGAAUGUGGCUCCAAUUCCAAGCCCCGGUGAUAUUGGAGCCCAAGCAGUGGCGUUUAGAAUAUCUGGAGACCAAGCUUUCUUUCUGGGCUGUGGAUUCUUUGGAGCACAAGACACCCUUCAUGAUGAUAGAGGUCGCCAUUACUUUAAGGAUUGUUAUAUCCAAGGCUCUAUUGAUUUCAUCUUUGGCAAUGCAAGGUCACUCUAUGAGAAUUGCCAGUUGAUUUCUAUGGCUAACCCAGUAGCUCCAGGAGCAAAAGGCAUAAAUGGAGCAGUAACAGCACACGGUAGAAUUUCCAAGGAUGAAAACACAGGUUUUGCCUUUGUAAAUUGCACCUUAGGAGGUACAGGAAGAAUAUGGCUAGGUAGAGCUUGGAGGCCAUAUUCCUCAGUCAUUUUUUCAUACACUAGCAUGACUGAUAUCGUUGCGCCUGAGGGCUGGAAUGACUUCAAUGAUCCCACCAGAGACCAGACUGUUUUCUAUGGAGAAUACAAUUGUUUGGGUGCUGGAGCCAAUAUGACUAUGAGGGCACCUUAUGUUCAAAAACUUAAUGAUACACAAGCUUCUCCUUUCCUCAACGUGUCAUUUAUUGAUGGAGAUCAAUGGUUACAAUCAUUUAUUAAUUCUUAAAUAUAAAAUAUAUUUAUCUCUUCA